GAAGCGGUGGGGCCGGGCCGGGCCGGGCCGUACCAGGCAGGGCGGUGCCCGCGACUGCUUCGGUCGGGGGCUGCGCUGAGUAGGGCAGAGCCCGGGGAACGUCGGGCUGCGCGAGUGGAGAGGAGCGGCUCGGUUCGGCGCUCUUGUCGCUGUCACAGAGCGGCCCCCGGCUCCGCCCGCCGCCGCCACCGGGGAGAGCCGUGCGGGCGGCGGGGGCGGCCUGACAUGAGAUCAUCGCCGGCGGCGGCAGCAGCAUGGCCUCUGCCGGGAGCGGCGGCCGCGCCGCAUCGCGGGACGGGGAGGCCAACGGCGAGCCGGACCGCUCCUUGCAGCUGAUGCUGCGGGCGAUAGCGGAGGAGCGCAGCCGCACCGGCCUCCGCCACGAGAUCAGCGGCCUCGGGUGUUUCAAAGAUGACCGUAUCGUAUUCUGGACUUGGAUGUUUUCUACAUAUUUUAUGGAGAAAUGGGCCCCCCGGCAAGAUGAUAUGCUCUUCUAUGUCCGUCGAAAACUGUCCUAUGUUAGUGGUGAUAGUACAGAUGGGAAAAAGCAGGUUGAAGUUGAAGUUUAUCGAAGAGAUUCCAAGAAGCUUCCUGGGCUGGGAGAUCCUGACAUUGACUGGGAAGAGAGUGUCUACUUGAAUCUCAUUCUACAGAAGCUGGAUUAUGUGGUGACAUGUGCUGUGUGCACACGCUCCGAUGGAGGAGAUAUUCACAUUCACAAAAAGAAAUCUCAGCAAGUGUUUGCAUCUCCUAGUAAACACCCAAUGGAUAGCAAAGGAGAAGAGUCAAAGAUCAGCUAUCCCAACAUAUUCUUCAUGAUUGACAGUUUUGAAGAGGUUUUCAGUGACAUGACUGUGGGAGAAGGAGAAAUGGUCUGUGUGGAGCUGGUGGCCAGUGACAAAAGCAACACUUUCCAAGGGGUGAUUUUCCAGGGAUCCAUCCGCUAUGAAGCACUCAAGAAGGUCUAUGACAACAGGGUGAGUGUUGCAGCAAAGAUGGCUCAAAGAAUGUCCUUUGGCUUUUAUAAAUAUAACAACAUGGAGUUUGUCCGAAUGAAAGGGCCCCAAGGGAAAGGACAUGCAGAGAUGGCAGUGAGUAGAGUUCCUACUGGCGACACUUCACCUUAUGGAACUGAAGAAGAUUCAAAUCCAGACUCCCCAGUUCAUGAGAGACUCACGUCUUUCAGCACACCACCAACCCCAGAACGCAACAAUCGCCCAUCCUUUUUCUCCCCAUCUCUUAAGAGAAAAGUGCCCCGAAAUCGAAUUGCUGAGAUGAAAAAAUCCCACUCAGCGAAUGACAGUGAGGAGUUCUUCAGAGAUGAUGAUGGUGGAGAUCUGCACAAUGCAACAAAUCUGAGGUCACGUUCCUUAUCUGGAACAGGACGGUCUCUGGUGGGCUCGUGGCUGAAACUGAACAGAACAGAUGAAAAUUUUCUACUCUAUGCACACUUAACUUACAUCACUUUGCCAUUGCAUCGAAUUUUAACAGAUAUCCUGGAAGUGCGGCAGAAACCAAUUCUGAUGACAUAGCAGAGAGCGGGCACAGCCUUGGAGCCUUGUUGCCAAGUGCCUAACCUCAGCAGUUUUCUGUGCUAACACUACCAUCUAGUGUCAGGAACAUAAACCUCCGCAGAAAAAGGGAAGUCAAAGAAUACCAGCCGAUCAAAAGUGCCUCUUUCUUCCUUCCUCUGCUGUCAUACACCAUAUGCACACUUGCAGUACAUCACUUGAGUGUUUCCGACUGGAAGAGGACUUUCAACAAAACAAAAGAAGGAGCUGUGUCUGAAACGUGUCAUUGCUUUAUGAACAGUUUAUUACUAUGUUUACUUUAUAACUAAGAAACCAACAACGUGUACAGAAUGUGUUAAACUUUAUAUUCUUUGAAAGAAACAAUUUCAUAAUGAUGUACUAAUGAGCGUUGUUCCAUUGACUCUUGCCCAUACUCUCCUUGUUGGAUUGGCUUCCUGUGUGUGAGCGUGUGUAUGUGUUGAGACUGAAGGGAUAAGAUGAAUUCCUGCUGAGGGAGGAAAAGGGAAAAGAUGCUAUAAAAACACAUUGCCACUUGGUUAUGUGCAGCGGGUUAGGUUAGAGAUUGAAAGAGGCUUAAAAUGUUCCCAUUUGUUCAUGUGUCAGUGUUAGGACAGGAGAACUCUGCUGACAAAUUCUUGUAUCUACCAAAGAACAGCAACAUUUUCAUCCUCAAGAACCGGUGAAGAAACUGAGCCAGGGAAGAGAAGGCUAAAACGUGCUGCUAUAGUAAAGCUAAGGUUCAUAUCCACUACUAAUGCUGCUUAUCUCUUUUAGCUGAGUCCAUGCAAGUCAGAGGCUAAUGUGGAAAAACUGGAAACCUCACGUGAACUCCAGAAACAUAAAUCUUAUUGAUAACCAACAUCCUCCUGCAUGCACUGGACCAUAGUACAAAAAGUUGUCCUUGUGGUAGUGUUUGUGGCCAAGGAGGGUAUGAGAGCUAAUUAAUGUCUGGGCAGCUUUUCCAGAUUCUUCUUUUCCUGGUCGCGUUCUGCUGUACUGUUACGUGCUGAAGCACAAGGAGUUUUCUUUCGAGGCAGAAGGUUUAAAUGUGAUCCUGCUCUGAAAAGUGACUAAAAAUGUCAUAGUGGGAGGUUUGAAAGUUGUGUCAGGAGCUCUCAGGAAAAACGCCUUAUGUUUACAGGUAAAAUGCAGCUUUCUCAAAACAGCACAACUGCUGUCCUUGACACGUGAAAUCUAAGUAAUGAGAUGUUGAGUCUACUGCAGCUGGAUUCACCACAUCGAUGUGGGAGCUAGCCAUAGGUCACUUUAUUUAUAGCUGCCUAACUGGUGAAGCAAAGCGUGGGAUAGCAUGUCACUUAGAGCAUGAGGCACUCUGAUAUACGCACAAAGAUCUGUAGAGAGUGGAGGUGCCAUUUUUCUCACUUUUUGGACACUGAGCACCUGAACUCUAAUGCUGGUGCCGUACUUACCAAUAUGAUGUGUGCUCUGAGCCUGGGCCUUUUGUCUCCCUCAAACUCAACCUUUCCCGAAGAGCUGUGUUAUUCUCUCAAUAGCAUCUGAUGAUUUAACCUGUCAGAUAGAACUUUCUGCUUUUUUCCUCAGACCAGGUUCCAUGGGAAUAGCUCCACUUCAGCAUUAAAGAUAGAUUAACUGUCAUUCAGUCCAACGCAAUGAAUCCAGCAUGGUAAGGUGGUCUUUUCUUGUUUGAGGCUAGACCUGGGAGCAGUCACCUUUGUCCAAAGUGAUGGCAUUUCUGAAACUGGCAGCGUGAGUGCAUAACAAGGACAUCUGACCAUUUUCUACUUGCUGCAGAUGUUUUAUGACAGCAUUAGAAAAAAAAAAAAAUUACUUUCAUUGCCAGCACGGCCACUUUGCCUGUUGCAGACUGAGUUUUACUCUGUAGGAGUGUGCACUUUGUGUGAGGCUGUUCAUGCAGUCUAACUUGAGGCAUGUAGGUGAGAUAUCUGGGCAGUCUUACCAGAGAGGUGGACUCCUGAAAGAGCAACUGAAAUGUUCUCUCAGGGAACUUCAUAGGCAGCCCAGGUGCUUGCUUGAGAUCCCUGACAGUGCACCUAAUGCCAGACAGCUCAAAUACUCUCCUUCCUUAUGUCCAUGCCAAGAAGUCUUCAGCUAGGAGGCCUGUCCUACUCAGAAGCCUCUGAAGAUGUUCCAUAUUCUGCAUUUUCAUAUUGGAUUGAAAGGCAGUGCUGUUUCCUUCAAAUAAACACUAGGGAGGGAGGGGAGAGAGGGUUAGUAUUUGUACUGCUGCUGACAAUUGAUAACAGUUUGAUCAAACAGAAACAAUGAACACUGAUUGGAACCUGAGUGGUAGGUGCUUGAGUACUGCCUAGUCAAAAGUAACUUUUAAUGCAUUUUGAUACCAGUGUGUUAAGUUUGGACAGCUUGAUUUCAUGUGGUCUGAAAGACUUGAGCAGAACUUGCAUAAGAUUUUAGGCAAAUGGCAAAUGAGGAAAGAUUCUGAAGUAGCAGAAAGGCAAUGUUAGAGAAAGGACAGUGCAAACCUCAAGUCUACUAAGCAAGAAGUAGUGUUUGCUUUGUUAUGUGUAUGUGGAUGAAUCUGAUGUCUGGUUUUUGAAGGGCUGAAUGUGAAAGUCCUGUAGAAGAGUUAAUUGAUGUAUUUUAUCCUGCUAGCAGAUGUGCAGUAUAUGCAUUGAAGACUCAACUUUUUUAGUACAAAAGGGCUACAGGUAUGCCCAGAUGGAUAUUGCUGGUAAACAGAGAUCAAAACAUGUAUUGAAUGUCUGAUACUUUUGGGAGCAAACUAGAUUUACUCCGUUCUCAACUAUUCAAUCUUUAAACAACUGAUUUACAGUUCUUGUGUGAUGAAUUUCCUUACUUUGUUAUCAGGUGAGAGGGGGAAAAGUUAUGUAUUUUAUUUUGCUUUUAAGUAAUCCCUAAAAAAUUUGUAAUCUGUUAUCCUCAUACAAACACACUGACAGGGAAGAUGAUACAAGUUUUUUCUGGGUCAGGGUGGCACAGCUGGGCUUUUAGCUUGCUAUUGCACUAUACCAAAAAGAAAAGGGAAUGUUAGUUAGAAACCUCUCACCCUUUUAUUUUGGGGGGAGGGAGGUAAAUUCUAUGCUCUGAAGCACUAAGCCAAUAGAUUUGGGCCUGUGUUGGCCACUUAAAUUGCGGAGAAAUGAUCUGGAAUGUUCUGCAUGCUGUAAGGACUGCAGCCAUAUAUGGCUGUUGAUGUCCUGACUGUUGUAGUGUGGCGAUUUUCAUUGUAUUUAUGUUGAUGCUUGACAACAGCUCUAUCUGAGAGGGCAGCACUGUUAACAAACUGGUGUUGCUUUGCAGAAUCGUUUUAUUUAUUUACAGAAUCUCACCAUCCCUCAAUACCGAGUUAGCUUCCCUCAUCCUGUCCAUUCACUCUCUCUGGGGACCUGAGGCUUACCGCUUCAACUCUUCACUGAUGUUGCAUUUGAUGUCUGACAAUAUACAAGGUUGUAUAUUUUUUCAGCCUGCACAGAUCUUUCACUUUUAUAAAUUUAGCAUGUAGAAAGCCUUUGAGUUGUAAAGAAAGCUCUUAAAUUACUUGUUUUAUAUUAGCAGAUUAUUGCUUUGCCUUAGAGACCACAGUGUAUGUAAAAUCACAUUCUCUUAGUGCCAGCCAGCGCAGGAUGGGAUCCAAGUCUCCUUUGAAAAGAAGCCAUUUCUAGAAAUUCAACAGAUCUUUCAGCUGUCUUGGCAAAUCCAGUUUGUGUAGGUUCACGUUCCUUCUUUUUUGUUCUCUUAGGCUUUGUUGUGUACAAGGCUUGAGCAUGUUGAGAUGUGAAUCCGUGUUACCCAGUUUUCCAUUUCUGGGCACAGUGUGCUUUCCUGGAAAGAGAGUUGUUUGCAAGAGUGAUUUUUCAGCGUACAGUAUUUAGCCUAAAGUGUGUUAUUUUACCAUGUUUUAAUUUAACAGUUGGGUCCUUGGUUUUGCAAACAGAUUUCUUCUGGCAGACCCUCAUGUGCAGAGUCCUGUGCUAGUCACUGAGGUUCUCUAUAGACAUGAAGUCUGCAUAAAGAGUCUACAUGUUUAAGCUAUUCAGCUGUUUCUUGCCAAUCACGAAUGUUCCGCUUCCCAGAUGAUUGCUUGCCCUGUAGUCUAAAGCUUCCCCUUAUUAAAGAUGUAAAAUCUUUAAAAGUGCCUAAGUCCUGUCGUUACCCAAUGAGGUUUAAGAAUGAAUUUUUAUUUACGAACAGAAUAUGCUUAAAUUCUGUGUGGUGUAUAGCAGUGUCAGGAAAUAAGUUUAUAGUUCUUGGAAGAGCUCUCCAUCUCCUACAGACUCGCCCUUCCUGUUAGGUUCUCAUCGUCUUCAGAAGUCAUGGCUGAAAGCUCUGGAAAAUUGAAAUCUUGCAAUCAGAGCAGUUGGAUGUCUGUGAAUGCCUUAUCUUGUCCUGUGUGAUAUGACUGAAAGUGUAUGGCAUUGGUAUGUAACAAAAAUUCUGUGUCAAAAAUAGGUGCAGUAGAAUCCAGUGAAAGGCAUUGUUAAAUAAGUAGCUUUUACACCAAACGUUAUGAAACAGUAUUUUACACCAGAACUUAGGUGUUUGGAUGCUUGGUCAAGAAAAUGUAAGGCUGCAAGAAGGUUACAGUGUUGAAUGUUCUGUGUGUGUGUGUGUUUGUAUAUAUAUAUAUAUAUCUAUAAAUACUCUCAGCUUAAUUUUAUCAAACAAACAUGUUGCAUGGUUUGUUUUUUGCCUCAUUGAUCAUCAGUGUUGAUUAAAAGAUGCUGGGUUGGAAAUCUUGCUGGUACUGUAUUGAGCCCUAGAAACAAAGUGCAAGGAGAACCUUUGUGCACCAAAAACAGAGUUGAUUUUGCAUAUGGCAGCAGCAAAGAAGGUGUUGGACCCUGCAGCCAAUAAACAGACCUCUUAAACGAC